AGAUGGCAGUGGUAUCACAGAGCGACAAGAUGGCGGAAAUAUGCUCAUAGUGGCCAGUUGUGUUGACACUAAAAAAGUGAGAUUUGCGGAUAAAAAAGACAAUAUGAUCCUUCCGUAGUGAUUGUUAUUCGCAAGUUUACUAUAAUAUCUGAACAUAGUCUGUUGUUGUGUUGUGCUCACGUAACGAACAGUGUGAAAACGAUUACGAAAAUGCCAAGUCCCUCGCUGCGUUCACCCCUAUAUUCUCUGAGAAGGUCGAAACGGAAGGGCAUCAAGAGAGGUGCUGCUGCUAGUAAUAACUCGCGCGUCAACUCUGAUGGGGAAGAAGGGGCAGCUGAUGGAAAUCUCCAAAACAAUGCAUCGUCAGCCAACAAUGAGAAUCCUGUCUCAGGGUCUGUUGCUCCUCAACCUGUUGUUCCCUCUGCCGUUGGUUUAGUCACUGGUGGUGCCUCUGCAACUGGCCACCAACCACCUUAUGAUCUGAGGAGGAAGUCACCACACCAUGAUCCUGCCGCUGCAGCCGUAGCCCCAAACUACCCAUCAGGCUGUAAUCCCAGUGGCAGCCUUUCAUCUAAUUCAGCUUGUGCAGCUGGCCCCAGUGGCUAUGCAGCAUGCAUGCUUCCUGCAAGGAAGAGGCCUAGACGAACCUGUUUCACAACAGCAGAGAAUGGCAACUCAGUAGAUGAACAGCGAAGUGCAGCUCAUUACCUCCAGUAUGAAUUACCUGAUGAAGUUCUCAUAUGCAUAUUCAGUUAUCUGUUUGAGAGAGAUCUGUGUCGCGUCAGUCAAGUCUGUAAGCGUUUCCAGAGCAUAGCUAACGACACCGAGCUUUGGAAAACGCUAUACCAGCGCGUUUUUGAGUACGACACACCAUUAUUUCACACUGGCAUAUGCAAAUACGAGUUCAUUGCGAUAGAAGAAUCCGAAUACGAUAACCCGUGGAAAGAGAGCUUCAAACAACUAAAUCACGGCGUUCAUGUCAGGCUGGGAUUUCAAGAAAAGGUCCUUAAACACCCGUCACGCUAUAAUGGUCGUUCAAUAGCCUAUUUCGAUACGAUUCAGUCGGCGCUGGAAUUCCUUGACGACGCGGAAAAUCCAUUAGUCUUCGUGCACAAGGGAUCCUACCAGCGCGAAUACCUGGUAGUGGAGAACAACGUUAAUAUUCUAGGUUGUUCCUCGGGUAACGUGGCCGAAAACGUAACCAUCGAACGAGACACGGAGUCGACAGUGACGUUUAUGGAAGGUGCAAGGUCUUCCUACCUGGGCUACGUCACGCUCAAAUUCAGUCCAGAUAUCUCAUCAUCCGUUCCGCAUCACAAACAUUACUGCCUUGAAAUUGGAGAGAAUUGCUCACCCGUUAUCGACCAUUGCAUCAUCCGCAGCAGCUCCGUCGUAGGGGCAGCUGUUUGUGUAACUGGUUCUGGUGCGGAACCUAUAAUCCGCCGUUGCGACAUAUCCGACUGCGAGAAUGUUGGCCUUUAUAUCACCGACCACGCUCAAGGUCUUUAUGAGGACAACGAAAUCAGCCGGAACGCGCUUGCGGGUAUCUGGGUGAAGAAUCACGCCAAUCCAGUCAUGCGCCGAAAUCAUAUCCAUCACGGCCGAGACGUUGGCAUCUUCACCUUUGAUAAUGGACUGGGCUAUUUUGAGAGUAACAAUAUCCAUAAUAACAGGAUUGCUGGCUUCGAAGUAAAAGCAGGAGCAAAUCCGACAGUGGUGCGCUGUGAAAUCCAUCAUGGUCAAACGGGUGGAAUUUACGUGCACGAGUCCGGUCAGGGGCAAUUCAUUGAAAACCGGAUUCAUUCGAACAAUUUUGCGGGUGUAUGGAUCACCUCUAAUUCGAAUCCGACCAUCCGCCGGAAUGAAAUCUAUAAUGGCCAUCAGGGUGGCGUUUAUAUAUUUGGGGAGGGCCGUGGAUUGAUAGAGCACAACAAUAUCUAUGGAAAUGCUUUGGCAGGCAUCCAGAUUCGUACCAACAGCGAUCCAAUCGUGCGGCACAAUAAAAUUCAUCACGGCCAACACGGUGGCAUCUAUGUCCACGAAAAAGGACAGGGAUUAAUUGAAGAAAAUGAAGUUUACGCCAAUACCCUAGCUGGAGUUUGGAUAACCACAGGCUCCACUCCAGUGUUGAGGCGGAAUAGGAUUCACUCUGGGAAGCAAGUGGGCGUCUAUUUUUAUGAUAAUGGUCAUGGCCGCCUAGAAGACAACGACAUUUUCAAUCAUCUGUACAGCGGUGUGCAGAUUCGAACGGGUAGUAAUCCAAUUAUUCGUCGGAACAAGAUUUGGGGAGGGCAAAACGGUGGAGUUCUGGUCUAUAACGGAGGUCUUGGCCUUCUAGAGCAAAACGAAAUCUUUGAUAAUGCAAUGGCUGGUGUCUGGAUAAAAACGGACUCUAAUCCAACAUUGAAGCGUAAUAAAAUUUACGAUGGGAGAGAUGGAGGAAUUUGCAUUUUUAACGGUGGUAAAGGCAUCUUGGAAGAAAACGAUAUAUUCCGCAACGCGCAGGCCGGAGUUCUGAUCUCAACGCAAUCACACCCGAUCCUUCGACGAAAUCGAAUAUUUGACGGUCUAGCGGCAGGCAUUGAAAUCACGAACAACGCCACAGCAACAUUAGAAUUCAACCAAAUCUUUAACAACAGAUUUGGAGGACUUUGUCUGGCAUCAGGCGUCACGCCUAUUUGCAAAGGGAACAAGAUCUUUAAUAACCAAGAUGCGGUAGAGAAGGCCGUGAAUGGUGGUCAGUGCCUCUACAAGAUCUCGUCUUACACAUCCUUCCCGAUGCAUGAUUUCUACCGAUGUCGCACCUGUAAUACAACCGAUCGUAACGCUAUAUGCGUUAACUGUAUUAAGACAUGUCAUGCCGGACACGACGUCGAAUUCAUCCGACACGACCGUUUUUUCUGCGACUGUGGAGCCGGUACAUUGACGAAUCAGUGCCAACUCCAAGGAGAAUCCACACAGGAUACCGAUACGCUUUACGAUUCGGCAGCGCCUGUAGAGUCUCAUACGGUGAUGGUCAACUGAUUCGUGUUUCAACGCCUUACUUGUAUCUAAAUGGUUGGUUACAGCGCGAGCAGACAUUAAGUUGAACGGAGGCCUCUACCUUUAUACUUUCUUUUGUUUGAAUCACUGGAUUUGAGCUAGAGCUUUUUGCCCCGUCACUCGGUUUUCCUUCCGGACAUCUCCUACCGACAAUAUCUUCGAAUGCAGCACGUUUACCGGUUCGUAAACAAAAGCAAAAAGUACAGAAUCAAAAUAGUUGGGCGAAUUAAGGCAUCGUCGAAUAUUCGCGUUCGAUCAAUUGUGAAAGAUAUAGUCCGUUGUAGACGCCAUAGCGGUCUGAGAAAAUCGACACAACAUAUUGAAAGCGUUUUUUUUUUACUUUUUUUUUUGUAUUUUUUUUUAUUAUUUACUUUCCCUCGUUAAUUGUAUUUUCUUUGGUUUUUUCUAGCUGAGUUUUCAUAGUUUUCCAUUUGAAUUCAAUGCCGAUAGUGUACGUCUGUGUCUUGCGUUCGUAUAGUUUAGAGCACGUUCAGUUAAAGGAGGGGGAAAAAAACUUGUUUGCCUUGAGCAGCUAAUUUGUGCGCAUGUCUUGUUUGUAAGCCACAACAAGGCGAAAGGGAUGACCUUUUGGGACAAUGAAAAAGAAAAUGCACUGAGCGACUCCAAUAAGUGCUCUAUGUCCGGUGUAUGUUUUGUGGUUAAGGCGUGUGUAAAGCGUCGCAUCCAGAAACUACACCUAGUGCCAUGUCCUCUCUUCGAGUUUUGUCCCACUUCUUCUUUUGCCAACCAAGUUCGUCAGCAGAUGACAAUUCUCGUUGGUUUCUGGAGAGGGAUAGAAUCUGUUGGGUCUUUCUGUAAAUAUAAUUUUUUUUUUCUACCGAGACAUGCAAAGGCUAUUCACGUGCGUUUUAUGCUGAAUGCCACCUGUUCAUCAACCUUUGGCCUGUAAACUGGUUUAGUCUUAACCGAACGUCUCGUUAUUUUCACAUGUCCGUAAUGCUGUCUUAACCUAUUGCACUCUAUUCUGUUUAAAGUUGUCUCUCUUCGCCUUGAAAACAGAAGAAGAGCCAAAAAGUAGUAUGAAUUAGUUCAGGCCAAACCGUCGAUUGAUCAAUGUUUCCCCGUAUUUUGUGAAAGAAAGUGAAAAGUUAUAUUUUUCUCCCGAUGUUCAAAUCGCCAUUGUCGCUUAAUCUCUAAUUUUUUUUUUACUAUUGUUUUUGUGUGUGUUGGAACAGCAAAUUAUGCGAGGCAAGUCGAUAAUUGAAAGAAAGUUUUACAAGUUUACUUCGAAAAGUUAUUCGACAGAAUUUCAUGUGAACAUUUGAAAAAUCUUAUGUUGUCUCCGAACUAUUUUGCACCGUCAUCCUUGAAUCCGAUUAUACAUCGUGUAGACUUAUUUCCUCGAAAUGUUUUUGUACAGUUUUGCAAUAUUAAGUGUUUGAUUUAGCUUUAUAAGCAUCUUGUUGAUUUCUUUCUUCCCCAUUACCUUUCUUGCCUGAUAUGUUUACGAAGUACAAGACGUUUUUCUUACAGCUUCCUAAACUAGAUUACCCUUUUCCUUGGCCAUUUUCUUUCAUUAAUUACCUAUAAGGUAAUUCUUUUUCAGUUUUGUAUGACCCCAUCUGUUUUACGAUGACUGUAUGCAAUAGUAGACUUGCCGAUGAGAAUAUAUACAGAUCGCGUACUACA